AUGACCUUUUCCUUGGGCCACCUUCUCGAGGCGGCGCUCCUCUUUAUCAACGCCGUGGCCGUCCUGCAAGACUACAGCCCCAACCUCAAGCCCGGCGGCCCCCCUGUCCCCCGAUUUCUCACCACCAGUACGUUGCUCAAGCCCACCAGCCCACCCCCCUCCUCACGCCGACCCAGAUCCGGCAGCUCAUGCUCGCCCUGCCGCUCUCGCGCUCAAACCGGGACAGUGGGACUUACAACCGCCGACGACCACUCGGUCAAGGGCAAGAUCGUCACCAUGAUCAAUGCCGUCCGGACCCUCAUGCGUGUGCCGCUUAUUGCCGUCAACGCUGUCAUGAUCGUCUACCUCCUUCUGGCCGGCUAA